GUCAAGCAAGCCAAUUGACUACUCAGCUUUAUCGACAUCAUUGACAAUUCAAUUAGCUUCCAUUCCAGUCUCACCAAUACUGGUGCUAAUCCAUCUGUAGUGCACUACUCCCUUCAGCUUGACACUACCACCAUGGGGGUACCUCCUAUAGCCAGCAAAUAUCCCAUUCAAGUUGGGUCAGCUAAUGUUCUUGGAGGCCGUGAUAAACAGCAGGACGACUUACUUGUCCAGCCUCAACUAUUUAUUUCCAAAGAUGGUCUGCCUGUACAUUUGUUUGCUGUGUUUGAUGGUCAUGGAUCUGACGGCCACAAAUCGUCUACAGCAACCAAAAAACUAUUUUUGGAACAAAUAGCUGCUCAUCAAUCUACUGUCCUUAUAGAUCCAAUACAAACCCUUGUAGAUAUUUACAGAAUUGUACAUAAAGCGCUACUGGAAGAUUCUUCCAUUGAUUCGUACAUGUCAGGGACAACUGCAGUUGUGGCUCUAUUGGUUGGAAAUACGUUGCAUGUAUCUCAUGUUGGAGACAGUCGAUUGGUUGUUGUUAGAUGUGAAAAUGGUAUAUACUCUGGUACUCAAAUGACGAGUGACCAUACUUGUGAACAAUCUACAGAGCUUGACCGAGUCAGGGCAACUGGUGCACGCGUUGAGCAACUUCAAAACGGAGAUCAUUUGGAUGGACCAUUGAGGAUUUUCAAGGGAUCAUUGCCUUAUCCAGGCAUUGUUGUUACUCGCUCAAUUGGGGACUCUGUUGCAACACGACUAGGUGUACUUCACCAGCCGGAUGUUCGGACGAUCGAGUUGACAGAGCACGAUACACACAUUAUUUUGGCCACGGAUGGUUUAUGGGACGCAUUAACAGUAAAAAACAUAGCUGAAAUUAUAUCACAAAUUCCUAGUGCACAAGAAGCAGCAACUGAACUGACUAAUAUUGGAGUGAGGCGAUUGAAUCAACUCCAUUUGGAUGACAACACCACUGUGAUUGUGGUUGAGCGUCAGAGAAUGACUGCAAGUGGAGAUAGGUUUUGACUGAAAUCUACUUGCAAUGCUUUUGAAACCAUAUCGAAUAAACAGAAAUUUGGAU